AUGGUAAGACAACAUUCACAACAACAAAGAAGAUCGAUUCGCAUUCCUUUCAUUCAAUCCAGAGUCAAGAAAUGGGAUCGAUACAUGAAACGGCAUUUUGAAAAGGCCAAACAAUGGUAUCCACGUAAAUUUCCAAUGUUGUCAACAAAGACAUCAAAAACAGACAUUUCUGAAAAGGAAGCAAGACGAACACACAAGCAACAACUUCCAGAACUUCUUGCAGAGCUUCUCAGAGAUCAUCCUAUUUCAACCACAACUACAACGAAUGUUCAAUCAGAACAGAGAAAAGGACAUAAAGCAAAGGCGCACCUCAUGCAUAAAACUUCCAAUAAUGGGAACUCUUGUCAAAUAUUCGAUCCUUGUGACGAUGGAUAUGAAGUUGAUGAAGAGUUUGAGGAGGAGCUUGUGUGUAGAGAGCAAGAGUCUCGUCCCAUCAAGCAUUAUGAUGACAACGACCACUCCUAUCACUUUUCAAAUCAGUAUCCAUGUCUGAACCAUCAUCCAUUUGUUAUUGAGCGUUUUAAGGUGAGGGUGUUUUACUCAUAA